CAAUGGGGAGGCACCUCGGGGCUCGGGGCGGGCCCUCUCCGCGGAGCCAGUCGGCUCUGCGGCGGCGGGGACUGGGCAGGCAGUCAGUCUCUUAGCCAGCCAGCCAGCCUGCUCGCCUGCCUGUGCGCUCCGGGUCGGCGUAAAUGCGCUGGAGCUGCUGCAGCCGCCGCCGUUUGUGACACCCAGUAAGUAGAGACGCAGCGAGAGAAUUCCCAGCGCACGUAAGUAGCUAUUAAUACAUGGUGGGGAGAUGAUGCCUUGCUGAAAGGGAUUGGCUCGGCCAUCCCUUUCCCUCCCUACCUCCUCCUCCUACCUCCAGGAAUUAAGAGAGAUCGACGCCUGAAAUAACUGAGUAUAUAUACAUAUAUAUAUAUUCUACACACACGCACAUAUUCAACGUGCAUCUUUAAAUUAGCAGCAUCUCCUCUGCAUCUCAGGACUCUCAGAAGGAGGGACAAAGAGGAAACCGGCGAAAGGAGGUCUCCUCUCUUGCAGAGCUACUAUUGUUAAGUAUUCGCCUUUCAUGCUGCUGCUUCUUUUGCAUCAUCAUCACCAUCAUCAUCAUCGCCGCUGCAGGCGCGUCGCGCUCCAGGAUUUGCUGAAAAGCGAAGGGAUUUUCUCCCCCCACUCUUGUUGGAGAUAAAUAAGCAAAUCAGCCCCACGCGAAAUGGAAGAGAAUUGAUCCGCGCCUGUCCUUGAUUGCACUUUUUGUCUGAUCAAAGGAAACACACGCGAGGGAGGGCGCGCGCACACGAGAGCAGUCGUCGCGGGCGCGUGGAUCUUCGCGCACCUCUCUCUUUCCCGGUGGUGGCGGUGCCUUUCAAUUUAGGAACAUUUUCCCUCCCGCAAAAGGAGAAAAAAGAGAGAGAGAGGAGUAAAGAAAUCGAUGACCAAAUAGCGUCUUUCUAUUUUUCUCUGUGUGUAUUUGUAUAUACAUAUAUAUUUAUAUAUAUAUAUUAUAUUUUUCAUCUUUUUGUUGUUGUUGGAGCUCCUUGCUGACCCUCUGAAGUUAAAUGCUCCCUCGUUGUGGUUUGGUUUUUUUUUUUUUCAUAUCUGGAUAGUCCUUGCUAUCAGGGAAAAAGCUUCAGACGCCAUCUACAGUUAAAACGUAGGGAAAAAAAUUGAUUGGGGGGAAAAAAGAAGGGGGGGACACAGUCGUCUGGCUGGUUGCUGCACGUUACCUGAACUUAACACUUUUCCAGCCGUGCGAGGAUUUUGCAGGAGCGCAGAGGAAGCCAAAUACUAGUAACGAUUCUCACCUCUCUCCGUUCUCGACUUGUUCAUUCCAUUGUUAUUUCUUUAAAAAACAACAACACCACAGUUGCAUUUCCUGAGAGGCCACGUUUUUGCAAAGACUCACGCUUUGGCUUUGUUUGUGUUACUUUGUUCUCUUGCGCAAAAGCUCCCCGACGUGCCGGGCUUCUCCGGGAGAGGGGAAUCCUUCGGUUUGGCCACCGGCUCUCCAGUCUCCGCGCCCCCUACCUCCUGUUUCCUCUCUCGGCGACAUAAACUGGACACUAACCCCACGGAAACCUGCCCUCCGAAAUCCCCCUCUUUUCUUCCGACGACAGCACAAAGGCAUCGUUGCGGCCGGCCUGAUCUUCACAAUAAACCCCCCUCUCCAAAACGGUGUUGUGUGUGUGCGCGCGCGCGCUCUGCUGCUGCUCGCUCCCGCCUGCAUCUGUGCGUGUUGUGUGAUUUUUGGGGGGACCUUUUUUUGGAGGGCUUGCUCUCUCCAUCCCCAUGAACAUACAAAGGUCAACCCCAAUCACAAUCGCACGCUAUGGAAGACCUCGGAAUAAAACCCAGGAUUUUGAAGAGCUCUCUUCUGUAAGGCCCACCGAGUCCAGCCAGAGUUUCAGCCCCAACCUCGGCUCACCCAGCCCGCCAGAGACUCCCAACUUGCCGCAUUGCGUUUCUUGCAUCGGGAAAUACUUACUGCUGGAGCCUCUGGAAGGAGAUCACAUUUUUCGAGCCGUGCAUCUGCACAGCGAGGAGGAGCUGGUUUGCAAGGUAACAACUUUCCUGCCUCUCUUCUCUUCUCCCACCCCCUGGGAUUUUAAAUUUUUUUUUAAGCCUUUCUCUGUCUAGCGAGUUUAUUUUUAGAAAGUACUCAGGAGUGGGGGCUGUGUGUGCUGGGGGCGGCGGCGAACCAUUGAUUUAAGCACAGGGAGAAGUUUAAUUAAAACAAACAGGGAGAGAAAAAAUCCUUGCAUAAUUUAAACGGCUCUCAGCAACUUUCCAGACAAUGGCCACGUUAUAACGGUGGCCUGGAGCCAAAGACUUGGGGAGGGGAGGAGGAGGGGAGUUAGGCUCUGAAGGCCACAUAGGUGGAAGUACGUAUAAUCUAAUUUCCCUCCUCUCUUUCCUUUCUGACUUCCCAAAAGGGAAUCCCUUGCUAAUUUUCAACCGGUCCUCCGAGGAUAUUUCACUUCCCUUGGGUGGUGCUGGAUGCAAACUUGGCAAGUUGGCAGCUUUGCCUCUGUGUAAGACUGCAGACCUGUGUAGGCUUACUUGGGAGGAAGCCUGAUUCCUCAGAGAGGGAGUUUUACUUGCAAGGCGACAUGUGUGGGAUUGGAAUGUGGAUCCGAGUUCUUUUUUUAAAAUAAAUGCACACGAGCACCAAGCCUCCUUGCCAUGGAUUGUUUGCAAACACAAUCGCCCACGUUUCAGCAGGAAACAAUAAUAAUAAUAAAUCCUUGCACACUUGCAUGCUUAUUUUGUUAGAAGGCCAUGCAGAAAACAACAACAGGGCUCAGACUUGGUAGGUUGCUGGCUUCUCCGGUCUCUUCAGCUCCCCAGUGAAGGUAAACUGGAGAAAGGAAGUCCACAUGCUUCUCCUAUGGAGGGAAGUGGCGUCCAUUCACUCAGAGGCGAUACUAUUUCCUUUGUUCCUAAACUGCUGUGGUUACUAUUUCUUUCACUCUCCCUGGUGCCCUCUUGGAGCUCUGCUCCUGGAGCAGCCCCUGGAAAGGCUGUGUGGGAAGAUUGCCACACUACACCACCUUUGUAAUUACAGAAUAUUUCCCCCAAAAUGUGUAUUUUUAUGGGAUUGAGAACAAAACCCAAACAAGCUGCAAUCCUAGUGUUGAAUCGGUAGGCUGUGAUAUAGACACAUGGACUACCCUUUAAAUAAUCCAAGCUUUUUGGUCACUGUAGACCAGGUGGAUGUUUUUAUUUAGAUUCAUAUGUGGCGACAAAAUUAAACUGCAGCCCCUGGUUCGUCGCAAAGAGCUCUCUGUUCAGGGCAGUAAAAAAUGUACUGGCCACCCGUGAGUCAUGAACCUUAAAUCUUAAUAAAGAUUGUGCAGUUUAUACCUGAUUAUGGAAAGUAGAGCCUCUCUGACCUUGCAAGGACUUCCACUGCACAAGGAACCAGAAAGUGGAGCGAUGGUGCAGAUCAUUUAAAAUGCAUGCAUUAGUUUGUCCAAAAUAGAUGCAAAUCAAAAUAUUAUCAGCCUCUUGUGGGAGGAGCAGAUGAAAGCCAAAGAAUGAGCAGCUGAAAUGCAAAGAAUGACAUCUUUAUGAAGAUGCACAAAUCUCGCAAGGCUGCCUUAUCUGUUUGAAGAUUUUCAGGAGCUAGUAACUUCUUUUUACACAUCUAGUAGUUAAAUUCGAUCCAAAACCACCUGUGAUUGUGUUCUAAAGGUAUAGGAAACUACUGUGCUACAGAAGCAGAAGUCCUGUAUGAAAGAGCAUCUUUGUCCAUUAUAAUGUCUUUGAGCUUCAGGAUGGGGAAGUGUUAGGAAUUUUCAUGUUUUGAGGACACUGGCAACCAUUUUUCGUAACUGAAUGCCUCCCUAAAAAAAACAAAAACAUUUCAGUUCCCCUCGCUUGCAAAAUUGUAACCCUGCAUGUUUGCCUUUAAAAAACAAAACAAAAUCUGCCUCUUUGGCUGCUCCUGAAAAAAUAGUGCCCUUGCAUAUACAGCUAAUAAUAAUAAUAAUAAUAAUAAUAAUCAACCGACUUGUCUAAGUAAAAACAGGCUUGUGGAUUUCCCCCCCUGCCCCACCCCCAUUAAGAGCCAGAUAACAAAGGGGGGCUGAUGAGGCUUAAUUUAAUUUGGCUGGAACCCCCUGAGUAUGCAAAAUGCCAUUCUAGAAUCAAAAUGAGCUCUUUUUUUUACACUCGCUGCUGGAAAGAGCUAAACUGGACUACCUAUAAAGUCACAUGUCCUGACUUUGCAUUAUAAAGAACAACAAAGAUAAGCUUUGGGGGAGCCAGUCAAAAUGACAAUUUUUUUUUAAAAAAAUGGCUCUUAGGGGAAAAUUUGGCUGUUAAGGGGAAACAUUUUGCUUGCAUGAGGGCCACAUGUUUUUAUAGUACUUAGAAGGUGGUCAUGGCUGCAAUCCUGAUCCUGGUUACCUAGGAGUCAGCCUCAUUGGAUUCAGCAGGACUUCAGAGUAGACAAAUAAUAUCAUGCAGACGAUGUGCUGCAAUAUUUCACAAGGAGACUGCAGUUGUGGUGGGAAUGUAUAUCUGUUCCCACAGCUUCUGGUAUCAUUGAUGGGUUCCCCUGAAAGGAAGACAUCUGGAGGAGACAAAAACAAACACCACCUGCAGUGGUCUUCCCUUUUACAGAUACGUAGUUAAGCGGUCAACAGGCCCAAGUAAAAGAUCUUUUCUCUUUCCACGCGUCAGGAAUAACAGGAAGAGCUGUGGCGAAUGCAGUUCAUGGAAUUGCCGAAGCUUGCACUUAUUUAUAGAAACUUGCUAGAGAGUUUCUCAACCUGCUGCAAUCCUCUGCAUGUUUACCUAGGAGCAAGACCCGUUGAAUUGGGUGAGACUUAGUUCUGAAUGGACAUGCAUAGGAUGUUGCUAGUAGGUAUCUCAAAGGCAAGUGCUGUUCCGCUUCAGAGCAUUACAGAAGAUAAUGGCUUCAAGACAGGUUUUGCGUGCCUUAAAUUAAUUUCUGAAUUGCUAAGCUACAAGCUAUAGAAAGAGCAAGUGGUGAGCCACAGUCAUUUAUCCUUACGUUGCGCAAUAUGGUUGGCCUGCAUUCUUCAGCAUUAAUCUGACUUUGUAACUUCCUGACCUUCAUUACCAAGGGACAAAUGCAUCAGAAUCUCGCAGCCUUUGCGAAUAAUGCAAGCCUUUGUGUCACGCACUGGUUAUGCCUUCUUACUGCAGCGCACCCGUUAUUCUCAAUGAAACGUUCCCAUUGCCUGGAAUCCAAAUGUCUCAAGCACUGAUUCAUUCAUAAUCGCUGGAUUAGUGGAACAUUUUUUUAUAUCUAUAUUUGAGUUUCCCAGCAUGCUUGGCGAUUCCUUGCCAUUUCAUUCACGAGAACACAAGGUGGAUGUGCUUGCAAGGUUAGAGAGCCACUCGUGCUGCUUAAAAAAGAUGCACUAAAAAUCUCCAUAAGACAAAUACAAGUUUGCAAGUCCAUUAGAACAUUUCCCUAGUCUUAUGGGUAGGGAACUCGCAACCCCGGGGCUCAACCCCAAAGUGACGUCUCACAUGUUUGCCAUCAGUGCGUUUGCACCUAAGCUUCCCUGUUGCACAUCUCCCAGAAUUUUCUCCUAUGCAAGCCAUCACAAGCGAAGGGCUAUCCAUUUUGCCUCAUCUUACAACCGCCCGCCCUGUCACCGUGUGAACAGCGACCGAAACCUUGUGUUUUCUGUUGCUUAGCAACGGAAACACAGCAGAGUCCUUCCCUCGUUUUUUAGCAUUUCAGACACAACUCUGAGACGUCACCAAAGGCCUCUUUAACUCCUUCCUUUUGUGAAACAGCAAGGGAGGUGUUUUCUGUAUCUCCGCUCCAAAUUCCUAUGUGGCGGUCAACCUUGGGUGCUUUGCUGUUGUUGGACUACAACGCCUGUCCUCCUCAGCCACCUUAGCCAAUUGUCAUGGAAGAUGGGAAGUGUAGCCCAAGAACUGUUGGGAACCUAGGGUUGAAGAGCGUGGGGAUAGACAAGGAGUGGGGAAUGGGAUAGACUCUGCCAACCUCUGUUGGUGCUUGGGGAUGGAAGAGGCCAUUGCCUGAAUAUUGGAGAGGGGAGGAAGGAAUUUGAGAGCCUUCAGCUUCCAUAUGAGUUGCGGACCGUGGCACUAUUUGUGUUGCUCAACAAGAAUUUUGACUUCCCUCAUUCCUUCCACUGCCAGAGAAUAGAAUCAUAGAAUUGUAGAGUCGGAAGGGACCCUGAGGACCUUCUAGUGCAACGCCCUGCGAUGCAGGAAUACACAGCUGCCCCAUCAGGGAAUCGAACCUGCAACCUCAGGUGCAUUAUCAGCACCACGUUCUUUAACCGACCGAGCUAUCCAGGCUGUGGAAAAGGAAGGUGGUGUGUAGAAAUGGGAAACAAGGCUGUGCCCUCCAGAACUACAACUUUCGCCAACCCCAGGCAGCAUGGCCAGUGGUCAGGCAUGAUGGGAAUUGAAGUCUGAAGGGCACCAUGUUGACUUACCCCUCUGAUAACCAGAAGAAGGCGGUGAUAGUAGCACAACUUGGUUUGCAAGAUGGGUGGGUAAGGGGGAACCUGUGGUCCUCCAGAUGUUGCUAGAUUACAAUUCCCAUAAUUUUUGACCAUUUAGACCAUGGUUGCUGGGGCUGAUGGGAGAUGGAGUCCAACAAUGUAUGGUGCCUCAACCCUGGUUUUUUAAAAAAUAAAAUGGGAAUACAGAGGUAAGGGGGAACCUGGGAGACAACUGAGAGUGCAUUUAUCACAUAUAAGAAGAGAAAGGUAAAUUAUGUCAGUAACCAAUUUGUGUGAAUGGUAAAAAAGUUAAUAAAAGUUUUAGGUUUUUUUUAACAAAACAACAACAGCCCUGGUUUACCAGAGAGUAUGGUCCUUUUAAAGAAAUGUAGCAUGCUCUGCUUACUCUUUAAAACCCAUGGCGGAGUUUUCAUUCAGAUACGGAGCCAGUGUGGUAUAGUAGCGAGAUUGUUGGACUAGGGCCUGGGAGGCAAGGGUUCAAAUCCUCUCUUGGCCUUGAAAGCUCACUGGGUAACCUUGGACCGAUCACUGCCUCUCAGCCUAACCUACCUUGCAGGAUUCUUGGGAUUAAAUGAGGAGCGGGAGAACUAUGGUUGCCACCUUGAGCUCCUUGGGAGGAAAAAAGAAAAAGCUGAGAUGUAAAUGCAUAGAACCAUAGCAUUGAGGAGUUGGAAGGGACCCCGAGGGUCAUCUAGUCCAACCCCCUGCAAUGCAGGAAUCACAGCUAAAUGAGUGUCUGGGUGCUGGAUCCAUUGGUGAUAUGGGUGGACGGACAGAUUGGACAGCCCCUCAGAGGCAAUGCAUAAAAGCAAAACAAGAGUGGGGGAACCCUAAAUGUUUUGAAGCAUGAUACAGUGGUACCUCGGGUUACAUACGCUUCAGGUUACAGACUCCGCUAACCCAGAAAUAGUACCUUGGGUUUAGAACUUUGCUUCAAGAUGAGAACAGAAAUCGUGCUCCGGUGGUGCGGCAGCAGCAGGAGGCCCCAUUAGCUAAAGUGGUGCUUCAGGUUAAGAACAGUUUCAGGUUAAGAACGGACCUCCAGAACGAAUUAAGUACUUAACCCGAGGUACCACUAUACAGUGGAACCUUGGGUUGCAAACGUGAUCUGUGCAGGAGGCACGUUCACAACCUGCAGCGCCGUAUCUGCGCACGCGUGUGAUGCGAUUCAGCUCUUCUACGCAUGCGUGAGCGCCGAAACCCAGAAGUAACCCAUUCUGGUACUUCCGGGUUCGGCGCAGUCCGUAACCUGAAAACAUGCAACCCGCAGUGUUCCCAACCCGAGGUAUGACUGUACUUCCCUCCCCUCCCCUUUGCUGUAACUUUAUUGGCCAUCCAGAAUCAGAAUUUUCAUAGAUUCUGAGCUAUCGUUGAAUUUUUUUGAUGCUUUUGUUUGCAAAGAACCGGAUGUUCCUUUUAAAAACAAGCCUAUUUAUGUUUCUCCCCUCUUAUCAGCCAGGAAAUUAGGCCAUUCACUUUCCUUUCUCUCGCGGAUAUAAUUUACAUAGGCCGGUUGGAGUGUGUGUUGGGGUGAAAACCCUCGUUUAGUUUUCGUAAGGAAGAAAGCACUUCCAGACUGCUUGGGGCAUAGUCUGCUGAAACACAAGUGCCAGUUUGCAAUUUGGACAUCUUUGCUUUUGUAAUAUGCAGAGGGGUUUUUAUUAGUUUUCAAAUCGGUGUGCCUUUGCUACAGCCUGUUUCCUUUCUAUCUCUAACCCUUUUGUUUUUAUUGCCAAUUGCGUCUCUAGGUGUUUGAUAUCGGCUGCUACCAAGAGUUGCUUGCGCCCUGCUUCUGCCUGCCCCCUCACGACAACAUCAACCAAAUCACUGAAAUCAUUCUCGGGGAGACGAAAGCCUAUGUGUUCUUUGAGAGGAGCUAUGGGGACAUGCAUUCCUUUGUUCGUACCUGCAAGAAGCUGAAGGAGGAGGAAGCAGCCAAGCUGUUCUAUCAGAUAGCGUCUGCUGUGGCACACUGUCACGACGGCGGGCUGGUGCUGCGAGAUCUCAAGCUGCGGAAAUUCAUCUUCAAGGAUGAAGAAAGGUAAGGGAUUUCUCUCCCUUCCUCCCGGCCCUUUGGAAUCCACCAAGGAGUGUGUCAGGGAUGCAGAUUUGAAAGGGGUUGUUUUCUGAAGGCUCAUACUGAUAGCCCCAUAUGGAAGUAGAGGAAACAUUCCUGCCAGUUUUGAUGGAAGAUCUAGGAGAGCAGGUGGUGCUUAUACCACCUUGUUUCCUUCUGGUCCCUGGGGUGAAGCCACCACCGCCAUGUAGCUGAAGCUAAGCAGGUCUAGGUUGGGUGAGUGCCUGGAUGGGAGACCUCGUGAGAAUCUGUAUGGCGAUGAGUUACAUGAAAGAAUCAUGGGAUUAAGAUGUAAUGAAAUUACACGCAUGCAUAUAUACAUACACAUACACACGCGUGCACGCACACACACACCCUCUUAAACUAGAAUCUGUACAAGUUAACUUGUGAUUUUCCUCUUAAAACCAAAGUUAAUACUGCUUCUGUACACAAACACACACAUUCACAAUCUGCACUCACAAACAUAUCUUUUGAACUGUGGGUUUCUAUUUUCCAUUCAUUUGAUUCCUGGGAAAAAGUGGGUUGUUGUUUUUUGGCAGUUACUGUGAGAGAUUGCUUUGUCGUAGAAAAGCGACAGAUGGGUUUAUAAGAUAAAUAAAAAGAAGAAGGGAUGAAUAAAGCGUGUACCAACCCCAACCCCACCCCGGUUUGGCGACUGCUUAAUCUAUAUUCUGCUUUUUGGAGCAAUAAGCCCUUGUUGCCAGGGUGUUGUAAACCCCAACCUACCCUACCCACUGAAAAGUUUGGCCAGGAUUCACUUCUGCCUUAUGGAGAAUCUUGCACCAAGUGGCCCAAAGGGCUGCCUCUGUUGAUUACUGGUGGGAACAUGGAGACUAGAGGCAAAGAGUGUGCCUUCUCAUUCAGGUAAAAAUGUGUGAAUCACCUAACAGACCUUUUACUGGUCUGUAAAGCAGGACAGGUGUCGCUGCUUCUUUUCUAAGAGGGGCAAGCAUGGGGACGUCUGGGUUGUUUUAGUACACUCUUACACGAGUGUUUGGUUCCUGGGGUCCACUCGUAAAACCCAAAAAUGUGCAAAGCCAGGAACCCUCGGAACUGCCACCCACCGGAACUGCAAGGUGUGGGGAGCUGCUUACCUGACUUUGGGCUGCUUACCUGCUUCCUCCCCAAAGCUGAGUAAGGCUGCAAUAAUAGCUGUGUAAGGGUGGCUGGAAAUAAAUCAAUCAAUAGGGGGUUCCCUCCUCUUUCCAUUCAUUUAUUUCCUCCUCACCUGCAAAAAGCUGUGAUCAUGUAAGUAAAAGAAGCAUAAGAUGUGAGUUACCUGUGUGAUGUUUGUUGUUUUCUCUCUUUUUUAAGCAUUUUGUGGAGAUUUCACUUUUCGAGCAGAGGUUCUAAAACACACACACACACACACACACGUUUUCAAUGCAUUAAGCUUGACUUGAAGGGACCUUUUGUAAUUCUUUGUUAAUGUAAUGAAUUAACACAUGUUAAGCUGGUUUCUUAAGCUUGCUAAUAAUAUCCAUGGAGGUAAGGAGACUGGAGGAGGCAGUGGAAGGGAAAAAAAAACAUGUUGCCUGGGUGAUGUCCCGUAAAUACAGCAGGAUUCUUAGAUGUUUGGGAUGACUGGAUAAGGCAAAGGGGUGUUUUACCUUUCCAUCUUGGCACCAUAAGCAAGCAAGCAAGCAAGCAAGAGUGAGUGUCUGCUAAUCAGUGUGUUUGGGGCUGCUGAUGAUUAGAAUUCCUUUCCUGUGCUUAUCAGUUUUCUAGGGUACUUACAUCACGUAAGGUAAAUGCCAUGGCUGGAGUUGACAGGCACAACAGGGAAUGGUGCUAGAACAAUGAGGACCAGAAACAAAAAGUUGCUCAGUCUUCAGGGUGACCUGCAAAACACUUUUUAAAAAAGAGUUAGAAUUUUUUUCUGCAUUACUUGAAACCUCCUUAGCAUGUUUCAUAAAAUCUUCUUCAAAUGCGAAGCGUGAAACAGUACAUUCCUGAAACCGCAAUAAUUGGUAUCUACAAAGAAAAAACUGGCCAGUGUGUUUGACUGACUGGUGAGAGUGUUCAGCUUUCCUUUCCUUUGCCAUCGCUGGAUGAAUGUUAAAAAUGCUCUCACACUUUUUGACUGUUUCCCCGCCUACCAAGGAAACCAGGAAAGCUUUUAAGAGUAGACAGAACAUUUGCCUGUUGUGUUAUACACACACACACACACACACUAUGCACGCACCUGUGCUCACACAGGCAAGUCUUUCUCCUUUGCUUCCCAUUUUCCAAAUACUGGCAAAAUGCCCAAUUCCUAGCUGGCAAUAUGGAUUUGGCAGAAUAAAAUUGGUGGUGGUUGGUGAUAGGAAAUGUUAACUGCAAACUCGAUUAGUUGGACCGCCUUCUCAAACUGUGAUGUUCAAGCUUCCUCAGCAUACUUCCUGGGUGACGUGGAAGGAACUUUUGAUUGUAUUCAAAGUACUAUUGAUUUAGAACUCAAACAUCUAUAAAGAUUUUUUUUGGGGGGGGGAUAUUUUGUGUUUCUGCUGUCAGGCAACAGUAUUUGUUGCCAGGUUCUGUAAAUUGAUGCAGCUUGAAUGGAGUGUUGUUAGAGAGGAAGGGAAAAGACAUUGCUUGGUAAAGGUAAAGGACCCCUGGACGGUUAAGUCCGGUCAGAUUUGACCAUGAGGUUGAGGUGCUCAUCUCGCUUUCAGGCCGAGGGAGCUGGCGUUUGUCCCCAGAUGGCUUUUCCAGGUCAUGUGGCCAGCAUGACUAAACCGCUUCUGGCGCAAUGGGACACCAUGACAGAAGCCAGAGCACACAGAAAUUCCAUUUACCUUCCCACCACAGUGGUACCUAUUUAUGUACUCGCACUAGUGUGCUUUCAAACUGCUAGGCUGGCAGGAGCUGGGACAGAGCAAUGGUAGCUCUCCCUGUCACACAGAUUCGAACUGCUGACCUUACGAUCAGGAAGCCCAAGAGGCUCGAUGGUUUAGACCACAGUGCCACCUGCGUCCCCCCCAAUUGCUUGUAAUGUGUUGGUUUCUCCCCCCGCCCCCACCCCUGGGCCUACAAUAGAGUAACUGGGGUCUUGCUUGGAAUGAGAAGGAUUUUGAAUGCAGUUCCCUAUGUUUCCCUGUAGUGGAACAUAGAACUUAAUUUAACUGAGGUGGCUAAGAUCAGUUGAUUGCAACGGCUGUGGUGUCUUUUUCCUUGCACACCUUGUCACAACUAUGAAUUUGGGAAGCCUAGUUGGGGCAUGUGCCCAAAAGCCUGAACUGGAAUACUUACGUGGAAACAAAAAAACCCCCUUCCAUUUAAACACACACACCCAUUUUUGUCCAAUGAGUCUUUUAGGUCAGUGUGUGUAGAGAGCAUGCUCCCUUUUGUGACUGCCAUUUGGUUUGCUUUCCCUGUUAUUACACAUUCCUUAUUUCCUUUCUAUACGCCUGUGAUCUUGUAUUCUCAUGGUUGCUUGUUAGCAGUACUUUGUCUGCCUUGAUUCUCCCUAGUUCUUAGCUGUUGUGUGGCUCUGGGGCACUGUUAUCAACUGCUGCUGCCCACCUCAGUACAGAUGCUCUAAUCUGACAUUGCAGUUAUGUGUGUCCUUAACUCUGAUGGUAUAGUGGUUAAGAGCAGUGGACUCGUAAUCUGGUGAACCAGGUUUGAUUCCCCAUUCCUCCAUGUGCAGCUGCUGGGUGACCUUGAGCUAGUCCCACUUCUUUGAAGUCUCUCAGCCUCACUCACCUCACAGAGUGUUUGUUGUGGGGGAGGAAGGAAAAGGAGAUUGUUAGCAGCUUUGAGACUCCUUGGGGUAGUGAUAAAGCAGGAUAUCAAAUCCAAACUCUUCUUCUUCUUCAUUAGUUGCCUUGCAAAUGAAGCCUUGUGCAGGUGCUUAGGUGAGUCCCAACCUUAUCGAACAGGAUGCUCAUAGACUCUCCUUGGACAAGUGUAUACUGUAAAUUGUGAUCCUUAAUUCUUGGAGGUGCAGUUCCCCAGCUUUACAUUUUCUGCGCUAUGGGUAAGACUUUGAGUGCUUACCUGAAUGGAAGCUUCAAUAGGCUGCUAUGCCACAAAUGUGUCCUAGAUGCUUUGAGUCAUUCCGCUGUUUGUUGGGAACUGCCGGAGAAGCCAAUGGGCUGUGCAUACAACUUUGCCUACAAAAUUGUGUGCUUGAAAUGGCAACACCUAGAUCUCUUGUGUGGAUGGAGUUGUCGGAGCAAAACGGAUGCAAAUAAUUUGAUGUCGGGGCCAAAGCACAAAGGCAUGGUCCCAUCUGUCUUUCAAGUCUGUUGAGAAGGAUCGAUCUGUGGGUCUUGCAUGAAAUAACUUUUAUGCUCUUUUAAAUUAUAAGAGUCUAGAGCUAAAACACUGCCUAGGUACAGAGCUUGCUUUGAGUGAUAGAUUUAUUUUUCUUGCCAGCAAAUUAUUAAUGUUUGCAGGGUAUUAAAUCUUCAAUUAUAUUCAAAUAUUAGCUGUCACAAUAUUUGACACUGAAAAAGUUUGUGCUCGUUAAUCAGUCUUGUUAACAAGGUUGGAAUCAUUUUUAAAAUAUUGAGACUUAAGGCAUUCUGUUUACUUCUGAAUUUCCUUGCAUAAAAGAGAUUUGUCUCUAGUUGAGAGUUGAGAAAGAACCUGACUUGCCUUUGCGUCCCAAUAGUUUAAAAAGCUAGUGCGGUAAAUGAAUGCCUACUAGGUCUGUAUGUAGCUAUGUUGGUCUGUAUACUUUGGUUAUCUAAUCCCACCUGCUUACCUUAUUUAGCUAGGAUUUGCAUUACAACCAAAAUCUGCAAAGGCCAGAGUCAGUCCUAGCAAGACCUAAGCUGAUCAAUUAGCAUAUCACUGUAGCAGCGGCAUACGAGUUCCUUCCUCAUGGGCACAGUCAUGCCUAGAUGGAAUAGUAGUGUAGGUAUGAUUGCUUCCUAUGCCCCUUGUACCUGGACCUCCAGGGAAGACAGCAGCCAGACACAACUGGCUUGCAGGAAAGUAGGUAUUGUGCCACUGGGGCACAUAGGAAGUGACCUUGUAACAAGUCAUACCAUUGGUCCAUCUAGUGGUGCAUUGUCUGCACUGGACUGGCAGCAAGUUUCCAGGCAGGAUUCCAGGCAGGGGACAGUCCCACCUGGGGGACUGAACCUGGGAUGCUCUCCCACUGCCCUUCUCUUAGGAGCUGGACCUAAGUCUUAGCCCUGUGGAACGCCCUCCCACCAGAUGUCAAAGAGAAGAACAACUACCAGACUUUUAGAAGACAUAUGAAGGCAGCCCUGUUUAGGGAAGCUUUUAAUGUUUAAUAGACUAUUGUAUUUUAAUAUUUUGUUGGAAGCCGCCCAGAGUGGCUGGGGAAACCCAGUCAGAUGGGCGGGGUAUAAAUAAUAAAUUAUUAUUAUUAUUAUUACUACUACUACUACUACUAAUGGGGUAUGCACAGUCCUACUGUAUUGCUUUCUAGUUAUACCUUCCAGUAGAUGCUUGGGUAGAUCAUUUCAGGUUUUCGCUCUGCUCUGUUUUGUUUUAUUUAACAAUUCAGCGAAAGGAAACUCAGCCCACAAAAAUGUGACCAGAGACACAAGCUGUUACAUUCCUUACCGGUUGCCAAGUAGUAAGAUUUCUCAGAGCAAUGAAUGACUCUGGUUUUUUAACCGCCUGUCACCCUUUAUUGCAGCCAGCUGAUUUACAGUGAUUUACAGUUGGAGCUAGUAACCUUUUGAACAAUGCUUUGGGUAAAGGGGGCGGGGGAGAGCCAUGGAGGAAUUAUGGGAGGCCCCUGUUUUAAGAUGCUUCUUAAGGCUGAGCUUAUGAAUUUAUUGGUUCUGGAACGAUCACAACAUCGGUGAUGGGUUUCUGCAGUCAUGCUAGGUCACAGAAUGCUUUGCAGCUUUCAUAGCAUGCUUCAUCUCAGAAACCCUGUGUGGUAGGCUGUUGCUUUUUCCACUUGAGGAACUGAGGCUGUUGAGUUUGGGAUUUGACAGACUCCUGGUUGCAGAGGUUCUGGGGUGGGAGUCCCAUACUUUUUUCCACACUGAAUUUGUCCUAGUUGUCAACAUCAGGUGGCAGCACUGAUCUGUUAAGGGUCGGCCCAACGCAGACAGGACUGAGCAUAUAUUCCAGAUUCUUAGAUCAGGGUAGCAGAUGUGCUGCUCUCCAGAGGUUGUUGGACUAAAAUUUCCAUCAUCGUUGACCAUUGGACCCUUGCUAGCUUGGCCCGAUGUGGUCUGACAAUAUCUGAGACCCACCAUGUUGGGUAUCCCUGCCUUAGAUGCCAAUUUCCAGGGAUCUGUGCACCAAGCUACACGUUGCACUUAAUGUAUAGUGUACCAGGAUGUCUCCCAUUUUUAAUUUUAGUUAAUUGCAAGUGCAAACAGGGAUGGGAAUAUUUCGUGGGAUUACAGCAGGAGAACAAGUUUAUCGAAGUCUCUGACAGCCCAGAUUGCAGGUUGGUUUUGAGCUGGAAUUGUGUGUAUGUGGGGUAUCAACCAGAAUGGUAUUUUGCUGAAUUUCCCCCCAAUAGGCUUUGCCGCCUGCACCCAAUUUUGCUGCUCCCUGAUCAUACCAGCACUCUUUGCCUGGUUUGUGGGUCUGGCUGACUCAGCGUAGGAAAGGAAAUUCACCAUUUGGAAGACCAGCCAAAAGCAUGCUUAGAGCUUGGAUAGAAUGUUAGAGGAGGGGAAAAUAAAGAUCUGCAUUUAGUUUUAAAUUGAAUUGCAUCCUUUUACGGCUAUGUCAUAUGCAACCCAUCCUCUGCAAGACGACGUCAGUUGGUUUUAUGAUACUGCAGAUCUCGCCGGUAAAAAUUGAGUGGUGUUCCAUUUUCCUUUGUAUUCCGGAUUCUUUCCUUUAUCCACUUUGAUAUCUGUGCCAUUCCCUCUUGCUUUCUUGUGCAACUCUCCCCCCUUGAGGUACACACAUGCUGAGAAGCCAUGUUUAUGUAACUAUGGAGGAUGAUAGUCCUCAUUAACUCAGAACCGAGAAGAAAGUCACAAGGUCAAAUGAAGGGUCAUCUUUGCUGUGGCAGGUGAAAGAAGAGAUCAGUUUUCAUUCCAGAAGCACCCCGCUUUUUUCUCAUGAUUUUGGAACUUGUCCAUGUGUAGAAAGACUGUGGGAGGGGUUUUUUGUUUGUAUUUUCGUCCUCUUUGGGCAAUAACUCUCAUUUGUCAAAUAACAGAAAGGGACUAGUUAUGCAACUUCCUUAGGCAUCAGAGUUUAGACUACUCUUUUUGGAUUUCAACAUCUACUCGUGGAUCAUUAUUAUUCGCUUAUAUUGUGUAACAAAAGGUUCAGCAGUGGAGUUGAUCAUCCUGAUGAAUGUUGGUGCUUGGAAUCUCGAGACAUGGUACAUGUAAGGGUUUGAGAAAUCAAGUCUUGCAUCUGCUCCUGAAUUUUUACUCCCUCUUUCCAAAGUGCCACAUCACCAAAGACCCAGCAGGUCUAUAGGGCUGUGAAUGCACAUAGUGGCAAGGAUGUUGUAGUUCCAUGCUCUGGAACUCGAUGUGAUUCCAUAUACCCCUUGUGACCUGCUCCGAUUGACUCCUUUGUUUGAAUCCUGCCCUCCCAUUGUGAUGACCCCCACUGACUUGCUUUGGGGUUUGUAAAGUCAUGUUGCUUCCUUCUGAAAACAUAACGUUCCACCACCCCUGGUGGGGUCCCAGUCAUGAAGCACCAUCAGAUCCUGACUAACUUCAGCUCCAGGGUUGAAGGGACCUGUGGUUCUCCCAAUGUGUUGUUGGACCACAGUUCCCCUCAUCCUUGACCAUGCUGACGGGGGUUGAUGGGAGGUGGAAUCCAACAACAUCUAAAGAGCUGCAAGUUCUCAACCCAUCCUGUUCCUUCCUUAUCGUGCCAGCAGGGUCACCGUGUUGUCUCCUUAGCCCUGGCAGAGACUCAAGGCGUAGGCUCUUUCCAGAUCAAGUGUAUUGUUCUGCUUGCACGGUUACCCACUACUAGUGUUGCAUAGUGCUCUGCCAGAAUGCUGGGCGAGUGGAGCGAUGACAUUGUGCUCAGUGGGUUUCAUUUCAAGGAUAGGAUUUCCCUGUGCAUCAGAAUCUCUUUUGUAACCCUCGGAUUCAUCAGGGAAGAAUAAUGUGAACCACUGUAGAGGGGGGAAAUGUGUAGGACAUGCUGAUUGUUUGCCAGAAACGGAUGCUAACUCAGGAGUUUACUUUGAAGGUCCUUCUGGAAAAGGCUUAAUUGAUCAGGUUUUGUUACAUUGCAAAAGGGCCAAGUCUGAAUGUACUCAAGUAAUGAAUGGCAUAUUGAUAAGAAAUUCAGAAUGGUAUUGUUUUUCAUGGGCUUCCCUGACGGUUUCUAUGGGGACAAAGACGCAUUUCCCGUCUGAGUGCUAUUUGCUGCCCUCUGAUUGCACUUCUGUGGUUUCAUUCACCAGUAAUGGGAAAGCGUUCACAGGCAGAAUAGCUUCCCCUUUUUAAAUAGCAAUGAUUCAAGCUUGCUUUUUUUUUUUUUUAAGCAUUAGACUAAUGCAGGGUUCUGUCAGUGAUCUGAGAGCUGCAUAAUGCUGUCUGCCCAAGUGCCUCUUCUAUCUCCUCUUCCGAACUGAAAUGAUAUACUCUAAUUACACUGGCUCUGACAGAAGGCUUUGCAUUAUAUAGUAAGUUUUAUAAAGCGGAUCUUAUUUAGCUGUGUGGAAGCCCCUAUUUAUCUAACUAAUUUCAGUGCAACCAUUCCCAUAGCUAGGGGAAACAGAAAAACAAUUGGUUCACAGGAUGUCUUUAAAAAUGGAAGCUCGGGUUAGAAUAUAUUUUUUUUGCGUUCCGACUCUAAAUCUAGAUUCUAAUCUAAAACGUGAUGCUGGCAACUUGCUGCUUGAAAUAUCCAUUGGAGUUUUGUGUCCGUUCUGCCUGUGGCACUUUGUUUAGCAGCUGGGUUCAGAAAAGAGCAUUGCAGGUGAUGCCAUAAAUAUAACCCUGGUCAUAAAUGUAACCCUGGUCACUGCUGUCUGCGCCUACCCUGGAUGCAUGACACAAUGUGGCUUAUUCUUUAUACAUUGCAGAUAAUUUGGAAAUGAUGUGUUUCUCUCCCUCCCUUCCCUCCCCCCGCCCCAUUUUCUGCCAUGUGCUAGAGGCAAAGAACCACCCUCUGGCAUUCACUUCUACAGACUUGGGAGAGAGGUGACAAUUCAUUGUCCUGGGCUUUCCUACUUCCUUGCAGGUAGUCUCUCUUUCCCUGCAUUUGAGAUUGUGAUGCCAAGCCAACCAAAAUUAUGGACAAUACUGCAGUUUCUAAUCAUAAUGUGUCAUGCUUUUGUUUCUCUUACUCUUCGGAUGCACUAGGGUAGCAAUUGUCUAUGCUAAAUAAUUUUAGGGUUCUUGUACUUUCCCCGUAAUCAGUUUUAUGAACAAAUGAAGCCUCUUUCUCUCUCUGUGUGUGUGUAAAAAGCUACCCAGACAUUGAUCCACGGUAUAUUUGCUCUGGUCCAAUCCAUUCAGCAGGAUGAAAGCAUGGCUCCUCCUCCUCCUGCUUUUUUCUUUAUCCUGCGAGAGAUUAUAGUGGAACAUGCAGAUAAAGGCCAGCUGUUGUUCAGUGGCCUGGUUUAAACAAAAUCUGCUUUGCUGUGACUGCAGGUCCUUGAUUCUUCAGUACAGUAUAGAAAAGGUUGGUGUGUGCGCGUGUGCUGAGAAUCAAACGAAGCCAAGAUUGGUAUUCCAGUCUUUGUGGCAGGAGUCAGACAUGUAACAAAAGGACACCCUUUUGUUCAGAAAAAAAACGGAGUCCAUUAAGCAACAGAUAUCUCCGGAAGGGAGACGAGAGUUGAGGUGGGGAGGGUUCCUGACCCUCCAAUGUCAGAUUUUCUGCUAAAGAAUAAACAGAAGAAUAGAGAGAGAGACAUGGGAAGUGCAUAAAUCCUUUGGAAAGGUAACCAAGGCAAGGACAAAAAGCACUCUGCUUUCUGGUUUCUUAUCUGUGGCAGUUAUGGGCAUUGCAUGUUGACUGACACAGCAGCAGAGAUAAUUGAGGGAAAGCAGGGUUGGCAAAAGGGUGGGGAUGAUGAUUACAUAAAUUGCCAGGAGAUGAACAGAAUAAAGCAAAUACCCUGUAUGCAUAUUCAGCAUGACACACGCUUAAGUUAACAGGGUGUACAAAGGAAAGGCAGCUUCUAUAUUCUUCAGAAUUUCUGUGUUUUCUAAUUUUCAUUCUGGAGAUCCAAACCAACCAACCCUCCUAUGUUGAUAAAAGAUCUGUUGCUGGGGUGGAUCUGUCUAUGAUAAAGCUGGUAUCACUUGGUGGUGGGGAUUUCACAUAUGCUGAACUUGUGCUAGAACUGUAUGGGAACGUCCUUUGUGGGGACUGGGAAACAAAUAGGCUUCCACAGGUCUCAGGCAUAGAGAAGAAGUAUAACUCAGUGAUAUAGCACAGGACCUUUCCCCCCGCCCCCUCAGAUUGUACGUGAGAUAUAAAUGGUACGUGCUUCUGAGAAAAUCACCUCAAGUGUCAUUGUUUUUUAUUCAGCGUUCGAAAUUCGCCAUGUGCCAGGCACAUUUUGCACCUGGUUAUCAACCAUUUUGUGACCAAGUGCCAAGAUGGCGCCUGACGUCUCCCACCAUCUGGAGGUGCAUGUUUUCACACAUCAGCAACAUAUCCUGUAGUAUUCUAUCCAUUGUAUUUAAUCAGCACAAUCAGAAAUAAUUUCAGGAAAUGAAAGGUUGUGUUGAAAAAUACAGCUUUCAAGCCGUCUGGCCCCAAAAUGGCAAACAGGUGUUCCUUUUUGGCGACUGUAACCCUGGUUUAAGGAGCCAUUUGGCGCCUAGCUUAUAUAUCUGAGUUUCUAGCUGUAUUUGUUUGCUUGUUAUUUGCAUCUGUAAACCUCCCCAUAUCAAGGAAGAUCUCAGGGAGGGGAGCAUACAUAAUAAAAAGCAUAAAGCAAUUAAUUUAAGCAUCGUUAAAAUCACAUUAGAUCAAUAAAAACUAUCCGGAACAAUUCAGCUACAGCAUCUGAAAUGGUCAUAUUCCCUCCCAAAGCUCCGCCAAAUGCCUCUGUAAGCAGAUGUGUCCUAAGCUGUUAUCUGCAAAACAAUCAGUGAGGGAGGCUGACUUAAAAGAGAAGCUGCGAGCAAGUUUUUAAGUAUGCCUUGAUUAAGAAUUGGAAGGGUCAAGGCUAUAUUCUUCAGAUCUUGCUUGCCUCCGGUUGUUCAUCCUUCGGGCAAGAAGUGCCUGACUGCAGCUAAAGAGAUAGUGGCUGUGCCCCGUAAUAGUUUAUUUCUGUGUUUGUUCCCGGGUUUCACUGGUCUGUGUGUUGCCCAUUUGGAAAUGGGUGCAUGUGCAGCACUCUGGCAGCACCUCCAUUGUACAUCGAGCGAAAUGUGCGACUCAACGUGCGGCUACAGCUGCGCUUACGUUGGCCUGGAUUUCUGCAAACCUUCCACCUAUUUUUGGAAGCGGACAAACAAUGGAAAUAGGCCAUAUAUCUCACAUUGUGUGUUCCUGGGUAACACACACACACACACACACACACACACACACACACAGGUUAGGUGUCUGUUGUGCACGUAGUAUUUCUAGAUCAUAAACGUGAACCGGCCCUCCAAGAGAGACAAAGCAAUCAAGGGCAGCUUUUGUUGGUGCUUUUUAAAAAGCAAACAGUUGUUUCUGGAAGCAGACAAAUUAUAUAAGAAUGGCAUGGAAGUGAAAGCAAAGUACAGUGGUACCUUUGGUUAUGAACUUAAUUCGUUCCGGAGGUCCAUUCUUAACUUGAAACAGUUCUUAACCUGAGGUACCACUUUAGCUAAUGGGGCCUGCCCCGCCGCCGCCACACUAUUUCUGUUCUCAUCCUGAGGUAAUGUUCUCAACCCGAGGUACUACAUCCGGGUUAGCGGAGUCUGUAACCCAAAGUGUUUGUAACCCGAGGUGUUUGUAACCCGAGGUACCACUGUAAUGAUUAUGAUUAUUUAUGAAAGGAGUCCAGGAUUAUUUAUGAAAUGUAAGAAGGGCCCUGAUGGAUCCAGGGUUAACAAUAUACCAAUAUAUCACGAUGCCUGAAAUAAGGAUGGAACUACGCAGAGGCAUUGUCUAGCUUCACGGUUUUCCCCUCAUGUUACGUUUGCUUCAGGUUGUGCGUUUUCAGGUUGCAUCCUGCGGUGACCUGGAAGUACCGGAAUGGGUUACUUCCGGGUUUUGCCGCAUGUGCAGACGUGCAAAAUGACGGAUCCUGUUCGCAACCAGAGGUACCACUGUAUCAUGAUUCAUGAUAUAUUGCCAGGUCAGAAAUUAUGAAACCGAUAUCACAAUAUGGACUUCAAAUCAGUUUGGGUCAAUAUAUCACCCAGCCCCACUUUAUGCUCCACAUGGCACCUGGGAUUUAGUUCUCAAUGAUGUGGCAUAAUUUUUGUUUGGGCUUUAUGAACCACUUCAGAUGGUUUGGUGGGCAGAGCGCUCCUCAUGGGGCAAUGUUCCUUCAUUAAUUAUUUUUCAUAUCCUUCUACAUGGGCAACUACCAGGUUAGGGAGAAAGUUUCUAGUCUAGUUGACUCAGUGGCAUAUGGCUUUCUAUGUAGAAUAAGUUUUGUUUAAUGAAUAAGAAUUCAAUCACACAAGCCCCAUCUGAAGUGGUAUAGUCCAGACACAGGUUUAUCAUCAGCAAUGCAAGGUUUUCCAAAUACUGUUUUGUCGCAUUCCCACACUGCUUUCUUAAAUUAUAAAAGAUCCCCUUUGUGAUUUGAUAGGAUAAAAAGCAUAUAAUAUGUCGCUAGGGCUUUUGAAAGCUGGUGAGUAGCAUCCGUUAGCACUGGCUUUUCCCACAUUUUAUUAUUAUGGACUAGCUGGGACAUUAUCAAAUCAAGUUUUACUACUUCCUUAUUGACACUGAGAACUGGAGGUUGACUUCCAGUGGCAUGCGAUGGAUGCUUUUGAGAAAGUUUUGGAAUGUAGAGGAUGCACUGAGGGAGAAAUCAACAAUAGCUUUUUAGCCGUGGUGAAAUGCUAGCUUCUGUCCUGUUAGGUAAGAGCUAGUGAAUUAAAGCAAUUUAUGAAUUACUUAUCCAAAGGGUCUUUGUCAAAAGGACUUGCUGGUAAAUAUGGCUGGAUGCUUUUAGUUUUUUUAUUGGCUAUCUGUUUUCUAAACUAGAACCUAACAAGCUGGUGGUAGAAUACUGAGCUAAGCUCUCGGUUGUUUGUGGAUAUGAGUGGGUGUGGGUGAAACCUUGAGGAAAGGAAGAUUCAUUGAAUAAAUGAACCCUUUUGGGGUGCUAGAUUUCUGGGAAACUUCCAGAGCUUACGAGGCUACUGCAGAGGACUGCAGAGGCCAGUUGCUAUACUAAACAAACACAUGACUUUGCAUCACUUGUGUUCAUUUUCUGUACUUAAGUGUGAGACUCUGGUUGACUUCUAAGGCAUGUCUAUAUACUUUUUUUCUUACACAAGUGAAAAUGCUCUUGUGAGUCACCAUGAUCUGAAGUUACUGGGGGGUUUUUUGCCCUUGUUACUGUUUUCUUCUUUUUAUUUUAGGAGUAGUCUUAUAACUGUUUGAGUUAAUAAUAAUUAAAAAAUCACUUUUUGUCAAUUUUUAAACAAAUACCUUAAGGAAAAUGAAACAAAUACCUUAAACUUGAGAAAUGGGGAUUGUGUUUAAUGGGAAAACCAUGCCUUGGAGGGAAAACUUAUUGGGUUAUGGUUUACAUUGGUAUCUUUCCAGUGUAGUCUUUAGCCAUGUUUAUGAAGCACUUCAAGUGUUGUUCUUUUUUUUAAAAAAAAGUGUAAAAAAUAAUGGACAUGAUAGACUUUGGUUUGGCUUAUGUAGUUCUCUGCAAGCUGUUGGUUUUCUAAACUAAAAACCCCCGGGGUUUUGCUUUCCAACAAGUCCAAUGAUAUGUGUGAAAGGAAACUUCUGAAAUAGUCAGUGCCUAUCUUAACUCCCUGGAUAUUCAUUUGCCGGACCAGCUUCUGGCAUUUUGGGAAAUACCUGGGCCAUUUCCCAGUGCCUGGAGAAUUUCAGACGCUGAUGUCCAUGUACACAUUAUCUCCCUUGAUGGGCCAAGAAUUGAAAAAAAGAUUGUGAGCAUUCUUGAAUGUCCUUUGUCUUGGCGCAACAAGGCAACUGCGUGGGUAUUUGCCAGUGAGUCUAACUGUGACCUGUCUCCUCUUGCCCUACAGGACUCGAGUAAAAUUGGAGAGCCUCGAAGACGCUUACAUUUUGCGAGGGAACGACGACUCCCUUUCCGAUAAGCAUGGAUGCCCCGCCUACGUGAGCCCAGAGAUCUUGAACACAAACGGCAGCUACUCUGGCAAGGCGGCCGACGUGUGGAGUCUAGGAGUCAUGCUGUACACCAUGCUCGUUGGACGCUACCCCUUUCAUGACAUUGAGCCUAGCUCUCUCUUCAGCAAGAUCCGCCGCGGGCAGUUUAGCAUUCCAGAGACUCUAUCCCCCAAGGCGAAAUGCCUUAUACGUAGCAUUCUGCGCCGGGAGCCCUCAGAAAGGCUGACUUCGCAGGAAAUUCUGGACCACCCUUGGUUUUCUACAGAUUUUAAUGUGUCUAAUUCAGGAUAUGGUGCUAAGGAAGCAACGGAUCAGCUGGUGCCUGAUGUCAACAUGGAAGAGGACUCGGACCCGUUCUUCAACUGAGCGUCGGGGACUAGUGUUUUGGGUUCUGCAUGGCCAGGAAGGGACAACAUGAAGGGAGUCCUUUCUGGCCGUGCAGAAUUAUAUCUGUGUCUCAGCCUGGCUUGAUAGCAAGAGAGAGAGUGAGAGAGACAACCUGGAGUUCUUUUUUUUCCUGGUUGGAGAAGGAACGCCCAAUAAGUGAGCUAAGACCACAGAUGUAGCAUGUGGAUGGUUUAGAUGGGAGGAAUCGUUGCUAUUCAGUUAGAUUGACAUAGAAAAUAACGGAGGCGGCAGCACACAGAGAGACUGUAGCUUCUCAUCUUUAUGGAGCCAAGGACACUACGCAUCCCAAGUUCCAGUGCAGCCACUAAUCCACUCCUGAUUCCGUUUCGUUUCAUGUAUUUACAGUUCCCAGUAAAUAGAAACUUUUGCCUCAACUUGCAUCUUGGCAUCGCACUGUUAGAUAUUUAACUUCAGCCAUUAUUCAGGGAAGGUACAACUAGCUAUUAUUUUAUUCUUUGUUUUCCUGGAUUAUUUCCCCCCCCCAAAAAAAUCUGAUGUUUAAUAGUUACAAGUGGGAUUCAUUUUCGGCGGGCGGGGCGGGGGGUAGUGCACAAAAAGGAACACACGAGAAGUGGGUGCUAAACCAUGCCUUUUGAUAGGUUGUUCUAAAGUUCAUAUUUCUCCUUAUUUUAUUUUGGGCCAGGAGGAAUUAACAUUUAAAAUGUUCUUUUCCACGUCCCUUGAAGGGAUGAAAACUCACAAGCUGUUCAGGGUUGGUUUGAUUAUUGUUAUUAUUAUUGGUCAAAUGGCUUUGUGGCAGGAAGCAGUUACAAUUCAGACGUAUUUGACUGUUUUAUUAGCAAAACUGACAACAACGAAAAAGAAUAAUUGUCCAUAUUUGGGGUUAUGUGUUUUUCUUCUUAACCGGGAUUGAAAACACUGGCUUCCACUAUACUGCACAUGAAUUUUGACCACAAUAUUUGGGGAAGGCCACCUUUGCAUCACCUAAAGAAGAAAAAGGGGGAAAGCCCUAACCCUGUAAACAAAUUUUCCUCUGACACCCCUGAACAUGAUCAGAAGAGCUCUUUAUAUUUGAAGGGAAAAAGGCACCCCUACACUUACUUUGUGGAAAGGCAAUGACUUGGGUUUUCUUGUUUUCAUUUUCUAAACAGGAUACUGUUUUUAAUUUUCUUCUCAUUGAUCUAUUAAUAAGCUGAAUAUUACCACGACACAGAUCUGUCUUCUAAAAAGUACACGGUAAUAUGCACCUUUUUGUAUUGUCAAGACUUAUUUAUUGAUUAAACUGUCACAGUUGUGAUGAAUUAAGCCAGUACUUAAUUACGGGUUGACUUGGGGGUGACAUGUUACAUGCUGUAGUUAACACACUUCUGUUUUGCUCUUCAGGUAUUCCUGUCCCUAAAUGAUAAUACUUUAUUUUUUACUAUUGUUUUAGCCCGCCCACCCAACGCCACCACCUUCCUUAGAGAGCUUUCAUUUUGAUUUAGACUGGCAAAUGAUUUUUAUUACUGCUUUUUAUAUUGCUGUAUGAUAUUGAGGGGGUGUUGGGGUGGGUGGGGACACAAGAAAACAAACAAAACAGAGAUCUCUUGGCAUAAAUAUUUGUGUUUCCAGUACCUCAGUUGUUCUGAUGUUACUGCCUGUAUGCGUUUUUUGUGAAGUGGUCAUGUUUUUUGGAUAGGUACACGUGGACUCUGUAGUAUGUAAAUGUUACUUGAAUUUUGUGCUUAAUUAUAGUUAUGUGGCAUGUGCGUACUUGGCAUUUGACGUAUGGAUGCUAUACACCUGCUCUUGCAGGGAAGGUUUCGAUCCCACUCUCAAGUUGAUAGUUCCACAGUUCCUUAUCAAGAGACAAAGCUGCAGCUGACCUGCCUUGGUUCUAUUUUGGUAUCUUAAGAAUAUAAAGGAGUAAUGUUUUUACACUCUGAAGAUGGUGCUGUGUUGAGGGAUUUCUUCUUUUUUAAAAACAAACAAAACAACAAUGUUUAUUAUUUUAUAAACUUGUAGGAGGAAAGAUUGGUGAUGUGCAUGGUGGGAUUUUACUGCCUCUGGUGCUUUGUCUUGUAUUUGGUUUAAUGUUUUUUGUCCUAAUCUCUUCAAUAAACAAAAUUGUGCAUAUUUAACUAAA